AUGAAUAGCACCAAUACCACCGGUACUGUUCACCUGGGCCUACCUCCUUUGCAUCUCUUCUCCUUUCCUCCCAGCCAACCACUAAAAACAAAAUUACCACUUCCCCCCACGGCCCCGACGACUUCCAAGCUCUUGCGACCGAUUUCCAUCAACCCUACGAUUUUCGACUUGUCCUUGGAUCUUCAGUAUCCUCUCACAUUUGCGGUGAUAUACCUCUCUCUUGUCUUAUUUCUCAACCGAAUCAAUGCAAGCCGCGGGUACAAACCAUGGGGAUUUACCAAAACAUCUACAUUCCGAGCACUGGUCGUGCUUCACAACGCCUUGCUCGGCCUGUAUUCCGCGUGGACUUUCUAUGGGAUUUGCUACACAGUAAAAAGUUGCUGGCCACAUGAUGGACCAGAUUACUACACACAGCUAGCAGAAGCAAUGUGCGGCACUGAUUCAAAGGCAGCUCGUGUGCUAUCGCCAGCAAACAUGAACACCAUUUGGGAUGAAGGAGCCGCCUAUAUUGGUUGGAUUUUCUACAUAUCCAAAUUUUACGAGAUCCUCGAUACAAUGAUCAUUCUAGCAAGCGGCAAGAAGAGCUCUGUUUUGCAAACUUAUCACCACGCUGGUGUAAUUUUGUGCGGAUGGGCUUCUAUGAAAUACGAGUCUCCCGGCUAUUUGGUCGGAAUUGUGCUCAAUUCUGGCAUUCAUGCAUUGAUGUAUUCCUACUUUACCUUUCAAUCCCUUGGAUUCAAAAUCCCCAUGAUCGUCAAACGUUCCUUGACUAGCCUCCAAAUCGCCCAAUUCUUGACCGGCUUUGUUUGGGCCUGCUCUUAUCUUUUUGUGAAAUACACCGUACCCUUCGAUUUCGCGGCCUUGCAGACGACAGAUCUGCACUCCCUCAUGGAUACCAACCUCGCUGCCAUGAGGAGCCCUGUCUCUUGUCUGAAUGACAGCGGAGAGGCGUUCCCGAUCCUGUUCACAUGCGCGUAUCUUCUGCCUUUAAUAUUGCUUUUUGUCCGAUUUUUCUUGGCUUCCUACACCAAGCAAAAGAGAACUUGA